AACUUUACAACUUAAAUAGCGAAAUCUUAUUUAGGAUUUUGAAAUGGGUCAAUCCAAUCUACUCUCUAGUUGUCAUAAAAAAACUACACCACCCCUUAUUCCCCCUACAUCAUUCACCUAGUCUGAAAGAAAUUCAUACCAAUAGAAACACGAAAUCGGACCAUAUCUCAAUCGCACAGACUCAGACCAUUACAAAUAACAGGAAUGGGACGAACAUUCUACAGACCACCAACUUUGAAGAUUACGACCUUGAAUCAGAACUCAUUCAGAGAUACCAUCAUUGCACAUUUCCAUUAGAAAAAUCACUUAAGACAUACUACAUCAUGAGCAAACAACACUAUAUCAACCUCGUCAGACAAGGACCACCCUCAAAACUCAGAUGGGCAGCUUGGAAAUCCAUCCUCUUGAAAAAUGAGUACCCCUUCAAUUCCAAAGGAUCAUCUGAACUCAUCAAUAAAGACAUCAAAAGAACCCUAAUCAACCACCCGUUCUUUCAAUCAACCCAAGACGACUACACUAUAGGCCAAUAUCAACUAUAUAACAUACUACAGGCACUUUCCAACUACUACCCAAAACUGGGUUACUGCCAAGGAAUGAAUUUCCUAGCUGGGUUCCUCCUCCUUGUCUCAGGUGGCGAUGAGUACUAUAGUUAUUAGUGUCUAGUCACGCUCCUGACACAUCCGAAAUUCAUGCUCUAUUUUAAUUAUGAUUCAAAUUUUCAGUUGCUUGGAUUCCUGGAAUUCAUUACUCAGAAACUACUCCAACUGCACUUGCCUUCACUUUACAAACAUUUAUAUCGCCAACUCAACUAUCCAGAAUCCUUUUGGCUUACCAAAAUCAUACUCACACUCUUUUUGUACAAUUUCCAAUUGCAACAUUGUCUUCGAUUCUGGGAUUACAUUAUUGUUGAAGGCAUAUUCUACCUACCAUCUUUGGUUAUCAAAAUACUUGAUUAGUUUCAAUCUUAAAUAUUAGCAAUUCAUGAGUUCUCAGAUAUUGCGAUGUGGUUCCAAUAACUUGAUUAAAUAAAUUUAGAUGUACAUAGUCUGGAAAGUUCAAAGAAAUACAAAUUACAAAAGCAUCACAUACAACAUUAUGCAAACUUAUACAGCAAACAGUUACCUUUGAUUGAAUAGCUUAAAUCCUACCCGAAAGGUUUGAGUAAUUUUUUGACUGAUGCACUUAAUUGA